AUGAGUAGGCUGUGUCUUUCCACUGGAUCUUCCAGACCUUUGAUUGUGUUUGGCUUUGGCCCCUUGGUCCCUGUCAUUGAGGACGCCGACAGACACGCCAAGAAAGAGCUUGUGGCCGAGUUGCAGGUGAUGAACACAGUUGGCUCUCAUCCAAACGUGGUCAAGCUGCUGGGAUAUUGUAUAGAAAGAGAUCCCGUGUACGUGAUCGUUGAGUACCUUGCUAAGGGUGACCUGAAGAGUGUUCUGAUGGAGUAUCGAGACAAGGAUCCAGGGACAGGUUACUCCAACCUACCUGGCUUGAGCAAAUCACUGUCUAGGACAUUGGUCAAGUUUGCAUGGGAUGUGGCAAAUGGAAUGGCUUAUAUAUCCUCACUAAAGUAUGUGCAUCGUGACCUUGCCGCUCGUAACGUGCUGGUGGGAGAAGAUAUGGUGUGCAAAGUGUCUGAUUUUGGACUGGCCCGUGACGUUAUGAACACCCGCAUCUACCAUCGAGAAUCACAGGGUCCUCUUCCAAUGCGUUGGAUGGCGUUGGAAUCCAUUUUUGAUGACGUGUACACAACAAAGAGUGAUGUAUGGUCUUUCGGGAUCCUGCUGUGGGAGAUUGUGACACUUGGUAAGUACAAGACUGUAACAUAA